CCCCUCAGUAACUUGGCCGCCUUUUAUCGGGCGGGCGCCGAGGCGCUGAGUUUAGUGGUGCCGGAGCCGCGGCGCGGAGGAAGGGAGGGCGGCGGGGGCCCGGCGCGGCCGGGACGAUGCUGCGGCUGGUGUCGCUGAAGUUGGGGCGGCUGUACCGCUACGUGAAGCUGGCGGUGCUGGGCAGCCUGGCGGCGGCGCUGGUGCUGAACACGCACUCGCUACUGGCCUCGCUGCAGCGCAACGAGCUGGCGGAGCGGCGCUUCCUGCAGCUCAAUAAGUGCCCGGCCUGCUGGGGCACCAGCUGGUGCCGCAAGUUCCUCAACGGGCAGCUGCGCCUGGAGAGCUGGGGCCGCCUGCGCCUCUUCGACUUCUUCAACGUGAAGAACGUGUACUUCGCGCGCUACGGGGAGCCCCGCGAGGGCAGCCGCCGCGUCGUGCUGAAGCGCCUGGGCUCGGCGCAGGAGCUGGCCGACAUCGACGCCAAGAUCUGCCGGCGCGCCACCGGCAGGGGGCGCUGCGACCUGCUGCAGGCGCUGCACGCCACCGAGUUCGCCAGCCUGAACGGCGACGUGCGGCUGCUCACCCCCGACGCCGUGGAGGGCUGGUCCGACCUGGUGCACUGCCCCUCGCAGCGCCUGCUCGACCGCCUGGUGCGCCGCUACGCCGAGACCAAGGACUCGGGCAGCUUCCUGCUGCGCAACCUGAAGGACUCGGAGCGCAUGCAGCUCCUCAUCACCCUCGCCUUCAACCCCGAACCGCUGGUGCUGCAGAGUUUCCCAUCUGAUGAGGGUUGGCCAUUCGCAAAGUACUUAGGAGCGUGUGGAAGAAUGGUGGCUGUCAAUUAUGUUGGAGAAGAGCUGUGGAGCUAUUUUAAUGCACCAUGGGAGAAACGAGUGGAUCUGGCCUGGCAGUUAAUGGAAAUAGCUGAGCAGCUGACAAAUAAUGACUUUGAAUUUGCACUCUACCUCCUUGAUGUCAGCUUUGACAACUUUGCAGUUGGACCAAGAGAUGGGAAAGUCAUCAUUGUGGAUGCAGAAAAUGUUCUGGUAGCAGACAAAAGGUUAAUCAGACAGAAUAAACCUGAAAACUGGGAUGUAUGGUAUGAAAGCAAAUUUGAUGACUGUGAUAAAGAAGCUUGUCUGUCCUUCUCAAAAGAGAUUCUUUGCACUCGUGUCACUGUGGACCACAAUUAUUAUGCUAUUUGUCAGAACCUUUUAUCAAGACAUGCCACAUGGCGUGGCACUUCUGGAGGACUACUUCACGACCCCCCAGCUGACAUUGCCAAAGAUGGGCGGCUCGAGGCCUUGCUGGAUGAGUGUGCCAACCCAAAGAAGCGAUACGGCAGAUUCCAAGCAGCGAAGGAGCUGCGUGAAUACCUUGCACAACUCAGCAACAAUGUGAGGUAGUCCACGAUGAAAAUCUUCUGCAACACUGGCUAAAACACUAUUGCAAAGACACGUGCAGUGAAGUCUUGAACUUGUGCGUUCAAAAGAGAAAAUGAAGAAGUGAAACUAACUUAUCGGUUUUCUAAAUACCACAGAUUUUGUGGUAUUGUAAUGUUCCUUUGCAAACAGACAAGGUACUUACUGAAUUAAAACUUGAGCUACUAUUGACUUUUCUCCUAAGCUGUUUAAAAGGGAGUAGGUCAAAAAAGACUGUGAUAGUUUAAUUGACAGCUUGUGUGUCAAAGGGUACUUUACAUAAAACUGCAUUAGUAUCACAGUUUUGUGAAACUGAUGUUCUUACUUGGAAAGUCAAGUUAGACCGGCCUGUUUUAAAGGCCUAUUUCCUGACACGGUCUCAUUUUUGUGUUCUGUUGUGUUGGUUUUUUUUAAACACCCUGACGUGGCAUUUACUUACAGGUAAAUAUAGCUGCCUGCAUUGUUUCAAGUUUAACAGGCUUUCAUGUUAAUGCUGUGCAGUACAUUCCUACUGUGAGUGCAGGAUACCCAUGUUUACUGUCUAAUUUUAGAGGGUUUUACACUGUAGUUUAUUAUGCUUAGAUUUUUUUUUUAAGGUUACUUUAAACACAGAUGUCAUUUGAAUUAACACUUGUUUGAUGUCUUUUGUAGUUCUGCCAUUUGAGAUUUCACUUCAUGUAAUUACUGUACAAAAUCCUUAUCCUUAAUACCAGUACAUUCAUGUGACUGUUCUUCAGAAAAUCACGGUGUGAGCAAACCUUCAUUUAACAGACAUUCUUUGAGAAUUAAGGAAAGACUAAUAUAAAAAAAGUUAUGUGCUAAUUGGAAUUGGGGAUAGAAGCUUGACUAAAAAUAAAGAUUUGCUACUCCAGAGUAGUUGAGCAAAAGCCAAAGAAAAUGGUUUUGCCUGUCCAUUCCUAACCUAAUUGUAAGGAAAAAAAUGCUACCCUGAAGCUAAUAAUUCUUAAAACUCAAAUUCCCAUGUCCCUUCCGUACUGUUUGAAGAGCUUCUAAAACUCUGUGCUUACACUAGAAGAAAACCCUCAUUUGAAUAAAAAUGUGCAGAAAGUUAGCAAUUUGCUUCACAUCGUUACCAACUCUGUUCAAUUCAAGUGUAGUGAAGUUUACUGGAUAUUCAUCUUUUGGUUUACCAGCUGAGUUGAUUAAGCAACAUCCACUCUAGGCAUACUUUCUUGAACUAAGUUUGUCUAUUUCCAGUGCAGUUAAAUCUAAUGAAGUAUGGAAAUCUGAAGUUGCUCUGAUAAAUCAGUGUUGUUGUUACAAAAACCUCACAUCCUGCUACAAGAUCUUACUUCAAAGCUUGCUUUUCCGUUUAUUACUUGAUUAUAAUUUUUAUUUUUAUUUUUUUUUUACUACUACAACGCAUCAUUUUCCUGAAGUCAUAUUCAUAAAACAUUGCUCUUAAGAAAACAUAUGCAUGUUACUUCUGGUAACAGUAAUGAAGAGAACUAACAUUUAAGUGUAUGUGUAAAACAAUGUUUCAUGCAAGCUAAAAAUUCUGAGCAAGAUUGUACGUAUGGUGAUUUUUGAAGAGCCAAGUCAGCGUGCUGUUCGUACUGCAUCAGAAGACUGAUGGAAAUUGUUGCUUUACCAAAUUGCUGCAAGUGCAGAGUGAGAGAAGUAGCGAGCUCAUGGGUCCUUCUUUCUCAAAGCUUAAGAAUUCUUGUCAUCAAAAGAUGCAGAAUGCUUUUGAUUUCUUAGAUGACUAUUAAGGGUGUGUUAGCAUUCUGAAUUCUCACUUUAAAUCAUCUUUGCUUAUAUAGUCUAAUUUCCUCCCUAGCUCUUGUCUUAAUUGUUUUCUGAAGUUGGAAGGACCAAUGCAAGUUCUGGUCUUUCAUUUCUGUCCUCCAUUUAAAGUCUGUUUUACUUACUUGCUAUGACUUAAGCUGUCAGAGCAUUCAUAUAAUUUUUUAUCAUAAAAUCCUCUCAUUUGAGGAAGCUAGACUAGCAUUAGGUAAUACUACACUACCAUAAAAGCCUUGACUUAUCACUGAAGUUGAUUUUAUUGUAUUUUUUUUUUAAUUUUUAUUAAACCAUCCACCACAUUUCCCAAUGAGAGAGUGGAGUAUGACUGUUCAAGUUUUAAAACACUACCAGCUCUGGUUACUACUUGAGGCAGUUCUGUCACUGCUAGAAUGUCCUGUCAGCUUUGUUUUGGGAUUUAGUUCCCUCGGAAACAAGUCAAUAAAGUAGAUUAUAAAAGGAAUUUGGAACUUAAAAGAGGAGGGGAAAAAAAAUACUACAGGGAAAACAUUGUGGAGAGCAAUAAAUUUUGGUCAGUUUGCACCUAUCAGAUAUUUAUUGUACAAUAACAAUUUAUAUUUUUAGUCAUUGCCCAUUAUUGAUGAGCACGGUGAAAUAUUUUUGAAUGAGGUGUUUGGGGUUUGUAUGUGCAUUACAGUUGUCCUUUUGUACUGUAAGUUACUGUUUGAUUGGAAUAUUUUAUCAAAACUGUUUCCCUGUGCCUUUAUAUUACAAGAAAGUUGUUUCUGCAACUUCUAAGGAUAUUAAUAAAGAAUACUUUAAGAACCUCAUCUCAGAUGCUCA